AUGAAUUUCAGCCAACCUGGAAUGAUUGAACAUUCAGACUUCUGUCACGAGUCUGUGAAUAGAUCUUGCCCAAAGAUCACAUACCCAACAGCGAUACGGAUUUCACUGUAUAUUUUCUGCAUCACCAUCAUUGUUCUAACCAUGUGUGGAAACCUCCUUGUCAUCAUUUCCAUCACUCAUUUCAAACAGCUCCACACUCCAACCAACUACCUCAUCCUCUCUCUGGCAGUGACUGACUUUCUUCUGGCAAUAGCCAUCAUGCCUGCUGGCAUGGUGCGUAUGAUUGAGACAUGCUGGUACUUUGGAGACAUGCUCUAUCGAUAUUAUGCAGUUUGCCAGCCACUCCACUACCGGACCAAGAUCACCACUUGUACUGCAGUGACCAUGAUCCUGAUCAGUUGGAACCUAUCGUUCAUAAUUGGGUUUGGAAUGAUAUUUAUGAAACUAAACAUUUGGGGUAUUGAAGAUUUUUACUACAAUAAUUUUCACUGUUUUGGAGGCUGUUUUAUUUUCAUGAGCAAGACAGCUGCUAUUAUAGGGUCACUUCUCUCUUUUUACAUACCAGGGUUCAUUAUGGUUACCAUCUAUCAGAAAAUCUUACACAUUGCACUGAAGCAAGCCCGCUCAAUUCACAGCACUGCAUGUCAGCACAUACAAACUGGACACAGCACAUCUUCAAGCAAAAUGGAGCAAAAGGCUACAAAGACUCUGGCCAUCGUAAUGGGGGUAUUCUUGACAUGCUGGUUACCCAUUUUUGUGUGUAACAUAAUUGAUCCAAUUAUUAAUUAUUCUGUUCCACCUGUUUUGUAUGAUGUAUUCUUCUGGAUUGGCUAUUUCAAUUCUACAAGUAAUCCUAUGGUUUAUGCUUUCUUUUACAGUCGGUUUAGGAAAGCCUUCAAAAUGAUAAUUUCUGGCAAAAUAUUCCAAGCUCAUUCCUCAAGAUCAAAACUAUCCACAGAAUGA